UUUAGUUUUGUAAUUUGAAUAUUCUUCAUAAAUAACAGCCGUAACCGCACCCCGCUCCCCCACGCUUUAUAGCUGAUGAAUAACGCAACUUCCGCCUUUCAGCCGCCAAGUCUGGUGUACUGCUCUAACCGCCAUGGAAUUCGCUCUGUGUCCAAAUCCAAUGCUCACAGCUCUACGCUUCUCCACCACCGCUAGAACUCAAUUCUGCUCUGUAACCAGAAACCACCUCAGUUUUUUCCCUCCAUUCAGCUCCAAUUUUCCCGAGAAAAUCUCUAAUUUUCUGGGAAAAUGUCCGCACACCAAUCCUCCUCUCACGCCUCUUUGCUCAAACUACCCGCCAGACUACCUCGGCGACGACGAGACCUCGUCUCAGGGACUCGGUGUGCUUCUUGAAUUUGAAGGGGUCCUUGUGGAUGCAUAUCGCCUGGGAAAUCGCCAAGCCUUUAACACAGCAUUUCGAAAGCUUGGGCUGGACUGUGCAAGUUGGAGUGAGCCUGUCUAUUUAGACCUUGUAAGGAAGAGUAUUGGUGAUGAGGAAAGGAUGCUGAUUUUGUUUUUUAACCGGAUUGGCUGGCCUACAUCACUGCCCACAAGCGAAAAGUCCUCAUUUGUCAAACGUGUUCUGCAAGAAAAGGAGACAGCAUUUAAUGAAUUUUUAGUAUCAAAAGAUUUACCUUUACGGCCCGGAGUUGAAGAAUUUAUUGAUGAUGCCUAUAAUGGAGGAGUGCCUGUGGUUAUACUGACUGCCUACAGUAGAAAUGCGGAUAAAAUAGCAAGAUCCAUAACUGAAAAGCUUGGCCAUGAAAGAGUUUCAAAGGUAAAGAUCAUCGGCAACGAGGAGGUAGAACAAAGCAUGUAUGGCCAACUUGUACGUAAUAAAGAAUUUUCUUCUGGUUUAAACGAGGAACUAGCCAAGCAGGCGAAUGAAGCAGUUUCUGCCGAGAAACAAAGGAUAGCUGAGGAAGUUGCAUCUAAGCUAAAGUUGAGUGUUAACAUAGAUACCACCUCCUCUGAAAGCUUAGGGAAGAUCAUAGCUGCACUGCGUGCAGGGGCAGAAAGUGCUUGUUUACCUGUCUACAAUUGCGUCCUUGUUGCAGGAAGCCAAUCUGGAGUGGCUGGUGCUGAGCGAGUGGGCAUGCCAUGUGUUGUUCUAAGGAGCAGUUUGACAUCUAGAGCUCAGUUCCCUUCAGCAAAAGCCAAACUGGAUGGAUUUGGAGGUGCAGAUCUGACAAUCUCGAAACUACGGCAAAAGAGAUGGUCAUGAAUAUAAAAAAUUC